AUGGCUAGCUUAACUAGCAUGAUUUUUUCUGCAGUUAUUUUGUUCUUACAUUAUGUUUCAUCUGCUGCAAUUGCUAGCAACAAAUCUGAUCAAUCGGCGCUCCUCGCGCUGAAAUCCCAGAUUUCUUUCAGCUCCAACAAUGUUUUCUUGGAUAAAAACUGGUCUGCUGAAUCUUCUUCAGUUUGCAGCUGGAUGGGAGUAAUUUGCAGUUUGCGCCAUAACAGAGUCAUUGCUUUGGAUAUCUCUAACUUAGGCCUAAAUGGAACCAUCCCUCCAGAAUUGGGAAACCUGUCAUUUCUCUCUUCUCUUGAUAUCAGCAACAACAGUUUUCAUGGCAAUUUGCCUGAUGAGUUGGCUCAACUUCACAGGUUGAAGAUGCUAGAUAUGGGUCGCAACAAUUUCAGCGGGCCGAUACCAUCAUUCUUCGAUUCACUUCGAAAUCUUCAAUACUUGUAUUGUUCUCGUAAUGCAUUUUCGGGGAUCAUACCACCCUCGAUUGCCAAUCUGUCGAAAUUGGAGGAGCUAUCUUUGAGCCGGAACUUCCUGGAAGGAAGUAUUCCAGAGGAAAUUGGUAACCUUCAUUUCUUGACUUCUCUAAAUUUGGAAGGAAAUAAGCUUAGUGGUCCCAUUCCACCAAGCAUCUUCAAUCUCUCAAUGCUGCAAAGCUUGGGUUUCUCUGGGAAUAACCUUUCUGGCACUCUUCCUCCUGAUAUCUGCGAUAAUCUUCCGAAACUUGAAGGGCUUUACCUUUCCAGCAAUGAGCUAGAAGGCCGAAUUCCUCCAGGUAUGGGGAAAUGUUUACAGCUUCAAGUUCUAUCGCUGUCGGGUAAUAACUUCAUUGGAAGCAUACCAAGAGAAAUUGGCAACCUAACUCUUCUAACAGUUCUAUUCCUUGGUGGCAACUAUUUAGAAGAUUCAAUACCAUCUGAGAUUGGUAAUCUUCAAAGUCUAGAAGUUCUUGGAGUGAACGGGAAUCGCUAUUUGAGUGGCUCCAUUCCUGAAACAAUCUUCAAUAUUUCAAGCCUGCAGACUUUUACAUGCUGGGGAAAUAAUUUAUCAGGUCAUCUUCCUUUUAAUAUGGGCCAAGGGAUGCAACAUCUUGGAGAAAUCUACCUUGGAGAUAAUAACCUUAGCGGGAUUAUCCCGGAUUCGAUCUCAAAUGCUACAGGACUUAGAAUUUUGGAUUUUGAAUCUAAUAGGUUCACUGGUUCUAUACCCAAAUCAAUUGGAAAUUUGGAAUCCCUUGAACUUGUCUAUCUUGGGGAGAACAAUUUGAAGGUAGAAUCAUCAUCAUCAGAGCUGGAGUUCCUGACUUCUUUAACAAAAUGCAGGAAUCUAAGUGAGAUCGUCAUACUUGGGAACCCUUUUAAUGGUAAGUUUCCGUCCUCAGUAGGCAACUUUUCUACAACUCUACGGAAAUUUGUUGCAUCAAAUUGUAAAAUCAUGGGAACUAUACCAAAUGACAUUGAUAAGUUGAGUACAGUUGCUUUGUUAGACCUGUCUGACAAUGAUUUGAGUGGAUUCAUUCCAAGAACAGUUUCAGGUUUACAAAGGCUUCAAGAGUUGUAUUUGGACAACAACAAGAUUAGAGGAUCUAUACCUGGUGAUAUCUGCAGUUUGUCAAACCUUGGAGCUUUGGGUUUGGGAGGAAAUCAAAUUUCAGGUGUUGUUCCAUCCUGCAUAGGAAAGAUUACGUCCCUGAGACAUCUUAAUCUAGCUUCCAACAAUCUGAGCUCUAAUUUGCCUCCAAGGCCCAUUUACCUAAAUAGACCCAAAAAAAAAAGGUUGCCUCCAAGCUUGUGGAUGCUGAAAGAUCUCUUGCAGUUUAACGCGUCCUCAAAUUCACUUACUGGCAAUCUACCUCCAGAAAUCGGCAAUGUGAAGGUCAUAACAGCAAUUGACUUGUCCAAUAACUUCAUCUCUGGAAAUAUUCCAGACUCGAUAGGUGGUCUCCAGAACUUGAUCAAUCUCUCUUUGGCCCACAAUGACUUAGAUGGACCUAUCCCAGAAUCAUUUGGUAAACUGGUAAGCUUGGAAGCAUUAGAUUUAUCACAAAACAAGUUAACUGGAGAGAUUCCAGAGUCAUUGGAAGAUCUUGUGUAUCUUAAAAAGUUCAAUAUUUCCUUCAACCAAUUAAGUGGAAAGAUUCCUAGCAAUGGUUCUUUUCAGAACUUCACAAAUGAAUCCUUUGUAUCAAAUGAUGCACUCUGUGGUGCUCCGCGAUUUCAAGUGAUGCCUUGCCCCGUCAUCUCUCUCAAGAGAAGACGUAAAUGUAAACUCCUGGUUGUCUAUGCCCUUCUGGGAGUUUCAUCGCUUGUUCUUGCAUCAGUUUUUUACUUUUUACUGAUAAGACGACCGAAGAAAAAGAAAGAUACGAUUGAAGAAGCAGUUGCAUCCGUUGCACUCACACUUGAAAGGAUUUCGUAUCAUGAACUCAAAAAAGCAACUAGUGGAUUCAAUGAAAGCAACCUGGUUGGUACUGGGAGUUAUAGUUCAGUCUACAAAGGCAUGCUCACUGAUGGAACUUCUAUUGCAGUAAAAGUAUUUAACUUGAAAUUUUCAGGAGCAGAGAAGAGCUUUGAUACAGAAUGUGAAGUCCUCCGCUGCAUCCGACACAGAAAUCUAACCAAAGUCAUCACUAGUUGCUCCAACCUGCACAUGGACUUCAAAGCUUUAGUACUAGAGUACAUGCCAAACGGAAGCCUUGAGAAAUGGUUAUAUUCUCAUAAUUAUUUCCUGGACAUCUUCCAAAGGCUUGAUAUCAUGAUAGAUGUCGCUUCAGCUUUGGAUUAUCUCCACAAUGGUCAUGUUACGCCAGUGGUGCAUUGUGAUGUGAAGCCUCGGAAUGUCUUGCUAGACGAAGACAUGAUAGGGCAUGUUUGUGAUUUUGGCAUUGCAAAACUGUUGACAGCCGAAAAUGCAACUGCAGUAACCCAAACCUUUGCAACUAUUGGGUACAUAGCACCAGAAUAUGGAAUAGAUGGUCGGGUUUCAACAAAGUGCGAUGUCUACAGUUACGGUAUCCUGAUGAUGGAGACUUUCACCAGGACCAAACCAAGUGAUGAUAUGUUUACCGGAAAUAUUACCUUGAGGAAGUGGGUGCUAGAUUCUUUUCCAAGUAGAAUACUGCAGGUAGCAGACUCAAAUUUGUUGAAUCCUAAUGAAGAGAAGUUUCAUGCUAAGCUGAGAUGUGUUUCUUCUGUCAUGGAGUUGGCAUUGGGCUGCACUGCAGAAUCCCCUGAUGCAAGAAAAGACAUGCAUGAUGUUCUGUUAUCGCUCAAGAAAUUGAGAACUGAGUUUCUUAGUAGCUGUGGAAUAAAGGGAAGCAGCCAGGAUAUUCUGACUACCGUGGUAAAGAAAUUGGUAGAGCUAGAAGCAAGAAUUCUAGAGAUUGAGACCCAAUUGCUCAACCCAACUUCUGAAACUGGUGCGCAAGAACCUGGAUCACCACAAAAGGUUCCCAAACGUGAUGGCAAGGGAGUUGCAUCAGAAGAAGUUCUGAAGACGCCCAGCAAGAUUGAUCAACUGCAGCAAUCGUAUGCUCCCUUCAAGGAUGAGAUCCAUCAACUCCUAGAGCAAAAGGAUGAGAAACAAUGGGAUAGGCGAAACCCAAUUGAAAGUUCAACCAGAGCUGUUGAGAGCCAAGAGGUGGCUUUAGCUCGCUUCAAGCAAGGAUUAAGACCAGAGAUACGUAAUCAGAUGGUUACCCACCAGAUAAAGACCAUAGAAGAAGUUUUCAUCUUGCAUUGA